GGAGCAGGAACAACGGUUCGAAGCCUUGAUGCUGGCCCAACAAGAAGACCGCCAGGCGUUCCGGCACCUGCUCGCAUCGGCGGGGUCCACGACCGCCACCGGAGCGGACCCUCCCCACCUCACCCUAACAAAGAUGGGCCUGCAUGACAAUCCAGAAGCCUUCCUCGUGCUCUUUGAGCAAGCAGCGGAGGCGUGGGGUUGACCAGUCGAACAGCGCGCCUCCUCCCCCUGCUGACGGGCGAGGCGCAGCUUGCUGCACUGCAGCUCCCCUCUGACAGCCGACUCAUGUAUGCAGACCUCCAAAGAGCCGUCCUCCAGCAUGUCAGCCACUCCCCAGAGCAACAGCGGCAGCGCUUCCGCUCGCUGUGCUUGGAGGAGGUCGGUCGACCAUUCGCGUUCAGGCAACAACUCCGGGACACCUGCUGGCAGUGGCUGAGGGGAGAUGACCGUGACACCGAGGGAAUUAUUGACCUGGUGAUACUGGAACAGUUCAUCAUGCGACUUCCAGAAGGAACGGCGGAGUGGGUCCAGUGUCAUCGCCCAGCGUCGCUGGAUCAAGCUAUUGAGCUGGCAGAGGACCACAUGGCGGCAGUUCCGACGGCAGGAAGAUGUGCUUCUCUUUCCUCUCUCUUUCCCUCUCCCUCUGCUUCCCGUCUUUGCCUCAUUCCCCCGCCGUGGAGGCAGCGGCUGGCUCCCCCUCCCCAGCCGGCCCAGCGCACCCAUGGUGUCCUCCCAUUUUCCCCUUCCUUGUCUGUGUCCCCCCCCCCCCCCCCCCCCCCCCAGGUGAGUGAUGUGAGUGAUGCCCGUAACACCGGUGCAGAGGGAGAGCCUGGGCGCUGGCGCUGCGGAGAGCUGGGACAUCUCCAAAAUCAGUGCUCCGUGAUGGAGGUGGGCGCGGUGGUCCAGGUCCCCGACACGCCAGAAACCACCCUCGAUCGGGCCGGAGCGUAUCGUAUACCAGUAAAUGUCCAAGGGGAUACGUACCAGGCUUUGGUGAAUUCCGGCUGUAACCACACCUCAAUCCACCAAUGCAAGGUUUCGGCACCACUGUAGAAAUGGCCCGGAUGUGGGUGGAGCACAGAAGUAUGGCAGGCUGUUGUUUGCUUGUGAGUUUUCUUUAUUUUGCUUUUCAGCACAACUCUGUUCGUUGGGGACACACUCGUGUGUGUGUGUGUGUGUGUGUGUGUGUGUGUGU